AUGUAUGGCAAUUUGUUAAUUGUAUUGUUUGCAUAUUCUUCGAUAAUAAAUAGUGUUUCGUGUUAUUAUAUAACAGUUGAUGCAGAUGCUGAAGAAUGUUUCUUUGAUAAAGUUGAAAGUGGCACAAAAAUGAGUCUCACGUUUGAAAUAGCUGAAGGAGGCUUCUUAGAUAUAGACGUUCGUAUAGUGGGUCCUGAUGGUAAAGUGAUAUAUCAAGGUGAAAGAGAAUCUUCUGGCAAAUACACAUUUGCUGCACAUGCAAAUGGUAUUUACACAUAUUGCUUUUCAAAUAAAAUGUCCACAAUGACCCCUAAAGUGGUCAUGUUUAACAUGCAAAUUGGAGAAUCAGCUAAACAUGAAGAAAAUCAAGGAGAAGAAAGCAGUACAAAAUUAGAAGACAUGAUACGGGAAUUAAGUGGUGCCUUAACUGGUGUUAAACAAGAACAGGAAUACAUGCAGUUGAGAGAUCGAAUUCAUAGGAGCAUUAAUGAAAGUACAAAUUCUAGAGUUGUAAUGUGGUCAUUCUUUGAGGCUGUUAUACUAGUUGCAAUGACUUUUGGUCAAAUUUAUUACCUUAAGAGAUUUUUUGAAGUCAGGAGGGUGGUAUAGGCUUUUUUUAUCAAAACAUUUAUUACUUCUUGCUUGUUAUGUGAAAGAAACAUUUUUAAUAAACAUUUACAACAGGAAAGAAAUUAA